CUCAAACCUCUAACAAAUUUACCUCAUUAAGACAUUUUGCCUAAUCCUGUCUUUGCAAUUGUGGUCUGUACUUUUUAGAGGAAAAAGAUUUGCUUCUCACCUUCUCUUCUAUUCGCCCAAAUUCUUCUCCACACUCUAACAAACAAUCAAGGAAAGAACAAAAACAAAACCAAUACCAAUAACAAAAGGAGCCAGAAGAAUCAUGAGAAAAAUGCACUAAGAAGAAAAGCAGGAGCCCCAAGCUUGGCUUAUACACAGGAGAAAAGGGAAAAAAAAUACACCACCACCAUUGACACAAAGGAUUCAUAGAACAAGCUGGUCAAGAUGAACGACCUGUUCUCAAGUUCAUUCAAAAAAUACACAGACCUGAAACAACAGGCCUACCUUGAUGAUAUGGAGGCUGGGAAGGAGACUAUAAAUCUCGAUAAAUUCUUUGAAGAUGUAGAGAGUGUCAAGGAGGAUAUGAAGGGUGUUGAGAUACUCUACAGGAAAUUACAGGAUGCAAAUGAAGAAACCAAAACUGCACAUAAUGCUAAAACCGUGAAAGAACUAAGGUCCCGAAUGGAUGCCGAUGUUAACCAGGUCUUGAAACGGGUUAAAGUCAUCAAGGGAAAACUUGAAGCACUUGAAAGAUCCAAUGCUGCUCAGAGAAAAAUUCCUGGGUGCGGGCCAGGGAGUUCUGCUGAUAGAACAAGGUCUUCUGUAGUCGGAGGGUUAGGGAAGAAACUCAAGGAUAUGAUGGAUGACUUCCAAGCAUUACGGGCAAAAAUGGCGGACGAGUAUAAAGAGACAGUUGGAAGAAGGUAUUUCACUGUCACGGGUGAGAAUGCCAACGAAGAUUUGAUUGAGAACUUAAUAUCGAGUGGGGAAAGUGAGACAUUCCUGCAAAAAGCCAUUCAGGAUCAAGGUAGAGGACAGAUCAUGGAUACAAUUUCAGAAAUUCAAGAACGUCAUGAUGCUGUGAAGGAGAUCGAGAGGAACCUGAUUGAACUUCAUCAAGUCUUCUUAGAUAUGGCUGCACUGGUAGAAGCACAAGGUCAACAGCUUAAUGACAUUGAGAGUCAUGUUGCUCAUGCUAGUUCAUUUGUCAGACGAGGAACUGAUCAACUCCAGGAGGCUAGAGAUUACCAAAAGAAUUCAAGAAAGUGGACCUGCAUCGCCAUAUUGCUUGGUGCUGCACUAAUCUUUUUGCUUUUACUACCAAUCUUGAUACAACUUAGGCCUUUUUAGGUAGAGAGAGACAGAGAUAGGCAAGGGGAGCACCUAACAGGCAUAUGUUCUUGGUUCUUCAGAAACGGGAAAGACGUCCCCCUGCUGGUCUUCUAGAAAAUCAAAUCAGCUUAUCUCGACGGGACUCCAAGGAUGUUCCAGCACAAGAAACAAGGAGAGAAGAGCUGUUAGUAGAAAGCAUCUCCUUUAAAUGUAAAUCCUCAAGAAGAUCGUGUUGGCAGCUUGGUCGAGCUUUUACCCUGCAAUGUCAUGUAUUGAUCACGCAGAGGGAUUAUGUACAUUGUUGUAUUAUAUUACUACCAUGAAUGUAAAGAUGUGAAAGGAGACUGUAUCCAAGUAUAUCUAAACUGAAUAGAGAUGAACCAGAAAUUAAACGGGAGCUUUUCCACGCGACCUUUCCUUUUCUGGAGAUGAACUUGAUAUCUUAUGCUCCUCUAAAUACAAAAUUUAUGUUUCAAA